CAAAAUUUUUACCGUCUCAAGAGAAGAACAAAAGAAAGCAUGUCUCUUUACGGCGACUUACCUCCUCCUACACAUUCAACGCCCAGUACCGACAAAGAGGAAACGCAACAAUCCGCACUAGAAACGCAAUCUACGAGUUCGAAAUCUUCAAAAUCUGCUCUUCCAGGGACUUUACGUUUUAUGCCUACUAUUCAGAGGAAACCUGUUAUUCAAGCAAAGCCAAAACUUAUUCCCAAGGCCUCUGUAACUUCUCCAAACCCUCCCACCGUAUCGACUUCUUCUUCAAGCCAAAACAACGCUCCAACUUCUAAUCUAAACAGUGUCAUAUCAACUCCUCCUCCCACUACUACUGUCUCUACUGAUAGUGAGCCUAUCGCCACGCCUAGUUCUACGUCAAUUUCUUCUCCAAAACAAUUUUUAGGUUCCGACGACGUUAAUGAUUAUAAAACCCAUGUGAAUAACCAACGCAAUCAAC